AUGAGUGACCAAACUGUGCACCCGAUGGCCACGUGUGAGCCCGAGUGCACCGUUUGGUGCGAUAGUCGUCAACACGCGCUUCAGAUGAUGGCCGCUAUCACCGGUCGUCCGCCGGCCGACCGACUGUAUACCUAUUGUCGAUCUCUUUGCCAUAACUUCUCGGUAAUCGUGGAUCAGUUCGGCCGAAACGCUCUCCAUUUGGGCGCCUCCUGUGGCGACACGGCUUUCGUCCGAUGGCUGUUAGAGAGCUGUCACUCAGAGCUGGACGUGAAGGACUCGGAGUCCGGUUGGACAGCAUUACACCGAAGCCUUUUCUACGGUCAGAUCGGAUGCGCCAAAACUCUCAUUGACUUCGGCGCCAAUUUGAAUGCCACCGAUCGCGACAACUGUACGCCACUCGACCUCUUAAUGCUGGACAGACCGCCGUAUAUAGAGUACACCCGAUCUGAUCCCAGCGAUUGCUACGUCUGGGGCUCUAAUGAUAACUUCAAUUUGGGCGUUGAGUCGGAACAGAGCCGUCAAACGCCUGAAGUGAUCAACGCUUUCAAACGGGACAACAUUCACGUCAAAUACGUUAUGAUUCGUAAAUUUCAUUCAAUGUUUCUCUCAAACGAUGGCAAAGUGUUCAGCUGUGGUAACGGACACGGAGGACGACUCGGUCUCCCGUCCGAAGACCUUUGCAUAUCUCCAAAAAUGCUUACCAUUCACAACGAGAGCCCAUUCUGCGAGUCCAUGGCUUCAGGUCAGGACCACUUACUACUGCUGGUUAGGCAUUUGAAGGAUAAGUCACUUCACGUGUAUUCGUGCGGAAACAACACAUACCACGUGUUGGGUCACAUCCCGGCGCCUGAGAAGCUGUUAACUCCGCAAAUGAUUUCAAUGAAGCCUUUGAAACUGGGAUCAAAUCAUAAGUUGGGAGACAUUGUGGGUAUCGGUGCCGCGCGAUAUCACUCACUAUUCUAUACGAGAGAUGAAUUGUUUACAUUUGGCCUAAAUGUCGGCCAAAUCGGACAGACAAAAGGGGAACGGCUUCUGACAAUACCUCAUAAAGUGACUGCAAUGAACCUCAAGGAAACUGAUGCUAAGUUAGAUCAAGUGGUGACCAGUGAUGGGGCCAUUGUUUGCGCCACAGAUAAAGGCGAUGUGUUUGUUCUCCACGAAUACCAGUGCCGUAAAGUGGCCUCAAAACAGUACGAUAUUCAACAGAUAUGUGUUGUCGGCGGCCAUUUGGAUGAGCGCACAGACGUGGCCGGCAUUUUGGACAACUCACGAGUUGAGCUCCAGAUUAUGAUAUUAACCAAAAUGAGAAAGAUUUAUCUCUGGAAGGGAUCCGAUCCGAUGUUAGUUCGGUGUCUCAUUGGUUUCGGACGGGAACUAUCGGUGACAUACAUUUGUCUCAAUGUGUCGGCCUUUGGAAUGGUUACCAAAGACGGCGAAGUAUUUUUCGGACGCAUUUCUGAUAGAAAGUCUAGAAAAUCAAUCGUAAGCCCUAAACCACAAACACUUACUCCUCUGGCCGUUACCCCUAAACCCAUACCGAUUACGGCAACAGCCGUUAAGACGCCGAUGAGUACACCUGUGACCAAAUCGGCGACCAAACGGAACGCAGCACUUCAGGUGAACUCAUUUGUGACUUUCAUCGAGAGAGACGAAUGCCAUACCAUUCGCGUUAAGAAACAGCCGUUCAUUCAGAGAGCGGUCGCACUCUUUUCCGACGACAAGAACCGAAACUUCGCUGCACUUCAGGCGUCGCCCAAAAUAGGACUCUUAGAGACGGCGUCUAAACCGGACUCACAAAUGAUUAGUGAUAUGAAGACACUGUUUGAGACGAGCGCUGCCAACGACAACACUCACGAUGUGGUGAUCAAAAUCGGACACAAACAGUACUUUUGCCAUAAGUUUAUUCUCUCGAAUCGAUCCGAAUAUUUCCUGAAGAAGUUUUCGUCGGAUUCCGACAGUAAUUCAAUAGUAAUGGACACAAACUUCGUGUCCGUCGACUCAUUCGAUCAAAUAAUUCGUUUCAUUUAUUAUAAUUCAAACGAUCUCUUCGAGAACGGAAAGCGGAUCCAAUGGAAGACAAAGGAGACCACAGCCGACGUGAAGGAGAAUAAUGUGAAAAACAAUAAUCAAAAGAAAGACAAAACAAAGUCGAAGAAUAAUUCGACGAAUACUGCUCUCAAUGCUAUGAUAGACGCGGCGAAGAAGUUGGGCAUCAAAUGGCUUUAUAAUUGGCUGAACAGUAAUGGCGUGAAAAUAGUUGAUAAUAAAGUGAAAGUUCUUGACUACAGUUCGCCACCAAAACUAGUAUUUGAUAGACUGAAACACAAUUUGCAUGACAUUACAUUCUGCGAAUACGCUGUCGUCAAUCUUUUGAAUCUGAAGAAUGCGUGCGAACUCUUAGAGCUGUCGUAUAUCUAUAACGCGGAACAAUUGAGGAGAUGUUCUUUGGAUUUCAUUUGCAUUAAUUUGCAAACUCUUAUCGAAACGAAAUCUAUUGAUGUGUUGAGUGAAGAAGCGUUGAAAGACUUGACAGAAUGCUAUCAGAAUCUUAUUACUCGACCCCGUAAUCGACGGAUAAGACGAUACUCUUAUGCGCCAAAUGCGGAACAAUUAGAACAAAUCUAUUCAUUGUUUGAUUCGAGCGUUGAAUUCAGUGUGAAUUUAGAGGAAAAGAAAGCGAUUCUCAAUAAGAGAGCUAACGAUAUAAAGCGCCACAAGAAGUCCAAUCGACAGCGAAUUGAGUCCAACUCAUCCGAUGUGAUGGACUCCGAGUACUCACAGACAUCGAAGCUAUCGAUCAGUUCACCGAAAGAUGAGUCCGAACUGAGAAGACGUAUGAAUUGUGAAUCUGAAAAACCGAAGCAAACAAUGCAAACAAUUGCUGUUUCUAUGAAUUCUUCAAUCAAACCAAAGAAAUCCCAAACUCUAAGUCUGUCUGAAUUUCAAACGACAAAUACUGUCAGUUCUCCCGAAAUAUCAGUCAAACAAAAGCCAAUCACUUGGGGUAUGACUUCAUUGACAAAACCGAUUCAGUUCUCUAUGAAAGACAUCAUUUCAGAAGAAGAGACAAAAUUGACAAAAAUCACAAAAUUUAAACCAAACUCAACGCCUAAAGAGGCGCCGAUUGUGCGCCAAAAUCCAAUACCAAUACCGAAAACAUCGCAAAAUCGAAAUAAUUAUCGGAAACCGAAUGAUAUGUCGUUUUCAAUGGACUCUAAUUCUCCGAAAUCGUUCGCACAAAUGGCUGUUUCGCCGCCAAAAUCGUUGUCCAAUCCUUGGAAAUCAAAAGACAGCCCAUCGCCGACCACCGCAUCCAUUGAUCAGUCAUUUCUUCGUAAUUAUCCACAAAUGGCUACCAUUUCUAUGAAAGAUAUCGUUCGCGAAGAGGAGGAACAGAUCCAAAAUCUUCGCGCACUUCAGACAAAGCCAUUGCAUUUGAUUAGUAUCGAAGACAAAGCUAUUGAAGAGUUGCUCGCCUUUUACAAAGCGAACGCCAAUCCCGACGAAUGCAUUACAGUUGAAAGGGUGUCCACACGAAUGGCUGAACCCGUCUGGACUCGCAAUCAGUGA